CUCUUUGUCUCACAUUGAAACACACAUAAAGAGUCUGUACCACACACAAAUACUUCCAAAUCUCAAAUUUCUCUCUCCCAUUAUGAUCAAUUUCCUGCUUCUUUCUUAUCUCUAGAACUCAAUCAUUCACUCUUUUUUGCCUCUUUUGAUCUAUAAAAAUAAUUGUUUCUUGCCAAACUUCAGCAAAAAACAAUGGCAGAAACAGCAAAAUAUACACCUAUCAAUGGUGGAACUCUAAUAACAGACUUGAAAACUCACUUUUCAGUUCUUAAAACAAAAAGAACUGUUGCUUGUGCAUAUGGUUUUGUGUUAGUUUUCAUUGUUGUCACUACUUUCUUGGCUUUUAGUCCUUCAAAUAACCCUUCUUCUCCAUGGUUCACUAACAUUUUUUCUUUAAACAAAGAAGAAAAUGGUUCUUAUAGAUCUCACUUCUCUUCAAUUUUCUCUAACCUUUUCCCAAAAUCUUCACAGCAAGUUGAGAAUUCUAGUUCUAAUGUUCCAAGAACUUCAAACAACAAAUUUGAGCAACCCCAUUUGGAUAAAGAGCCAUCAAUUGGUCAAAAAACUCAAAAUUAUACUCAGAAUAAUGAGUCUUUUGAUAAAGCUGGAGUCUUGGAAAAGCCCUUAAAUCUUUCUGUAAAUGUACCUAUAAAUUCUUCUGUGUUGAGUAAUAAAGAAUCAUCAGUUGUGAAGAAUCAAACUCAAAGUACAGAUUUUGAUGAUAAAGUUGGAAUCUUGAAAGCAAAUCACAGCACAAUUCAGGCUCCCAAGUCUCCAGCAACUGUAAAUGAGACUCAAACUAAAGAUUUUGUUGAUAAAGUUGGAAUCUUGGAAGCAAAUGACAGCACAAUUCAGGCUCCUAAGUAUCCAGCAACUGUAAAUGAGACUCAAAGUAAAGAUUUUGAUGAUAAAGUUGGAAUCUUUAAGGCAAAUCAGAGCAGAAUUGAGGGUCCUAAGUCUCCUGCAACUGUAAAUCAGACUCAAAAUAAAGAUUUUGAUGAUAAAGUUGGAAUCUUCAAGGCAAAUCAGAAGCAAAAUUCAGCACCAAAGUCCUCUUCUGAGGAAAAAAGUGUUAACAAGAAUGGAGAAAAAGGAAUUGCAGAAAAGGAAGUGAGGAGAAAUUAUACUUCUUCUCUGGGGAAGAAGCAGCUAAAGGGGACAAAUUUGGAAAAGAAAAGUGAUGGAGAUUUGGUUAAGUCUUUGUUGAAUUGUGAUUUCUUUGAUGGGAAUUGGGUGACAGAUGAAUCAUACCCUUUGUAUAAACCUGGUUCUUGUUCUCUUAUUGAUGAACAAUUCAACUGUUUUCGUAAUGAUAGGCCUGAUACUGGUUACUUGAAGAUGAAAUGGAAACCCAAGGCCUGUAGUCUUCCCAGAUUGAAUGCCACUCAUAUGCUGGAAUUGUUAAGAGGAACGCGUCUAGUAUUCGUUGGCGAUUCCCUCAAUAGGAACAUGUGGGAGUCCCUUAUUUGCAUUCUUAGAAACUCAGUAAAAAAUCAGAAAAAGGUUUAUGAAGUAUCCGGAAGACACCAUUUCAGGACGGAAGCUUCAUAUUCGUUUAUAUUUGAAGAGUAUAAAUGCAGAGUUGAGUUCUUUGUGUCUCCUUUCUUGGUCCAACAAUGGGAAGUUGCAGAUAAAAAAGGAGGGAAGAAGGAAACGCUCCGACUUGAUUUGAUUGGAGAGUCUGCUGAUAAGUAUAAAGAUGCUGAUAUCUUAGUCUUCAACACCGGCCACUGGUGGACUCACGAGAAAACUUCCUUAGGGAAGGACUAUUAUCAAGAAGGAAGUCAUGUGCAUAAUGAACUAAACGUUCUUGAGGCCUUUCGAAGAGCAUUAACAACAUGGGGAAGAUGGAUCGAUGCCCAUAUAAAUCCCAAGAAGACGUUUGUUCUCUUCAGAGGUUAUUCCGCUUCUCAUUUCAGUGGUGGGCAAUGGAAUUCUGGCGGGGCAUGCGAUAGUGAAACAGAGCCGAUAAAGAAUGACACCUAUUUGACCCCCUACCCGUCCAAGAUGACAGUAUUAGAAAACGUCUUCAAAGGAAUGAAAACUCAAGUAUCAUAUCUCAAUAUUACAAGAAUGUCAGACUAUAGAAAAGACGGACACCCAUCGAUAUAUAGGAAACCGCAUUUGACGGACAAGGAGAGGAGAUCACAAUGGAGGUAUCAAGACUGUAGCCAUUGGUGUCUCCCCGGUGUACCUGAUGCUUGGAAUGAGCUGUUAUAUGCUGAAAUUUUGGUAAGACUACACCAGAAACAACAAGAGAAAAAGUCAUAGGUUAACAAACACUAUGUUUAACGGACUUUUCAAAAAUGUGGUCGGGUGCAUGUCUGAUCCUCCAAAAGUAGUUAUAGUUCAUUUUUGGAGAAUUUGGCACGACGUUUUUGGAGAGUACGGCAACAUAGAAUUUACAAACACACAUAGGAGUCAUGUACAUUGAAAUAAUGAGUCAAGCCUAUAUAAAAUGUGCUGGCUUUUUUUUUUCUUUGUUUUUUUGGUUUUGUUCUCGAAGUUACAUUUCUAUAUGGGGAAAAUAGAACAAAGAAACCACCUGAAGAAAAUCCAAAGAAAGAGUAAAUUAUGUAAGAGAGGAAGAGAGAGUUGAAGUUUCCCUUGAAAAAAGGAAUUUUGAUGUUUAAUUAUAGUUCUCUCAUGCUAUAAAGUGUUUUCAAGUCUUUGAGGGCUUGGAAAGUGUAAAUUCUCAAUAGUUUAUAAUAGAAAUUUUGAAUAAUUUAAGGAAGGAUA